AUGAGAAUAUUUUUUAUUAUAAUAUUUUUAUUUAUUAUAUUAUAUAAUAGUUGUUAUGGAUGUAUAUUAUGUCAUAAAUAUACACCUAAACCUCCAGUUCCAUUGGAUGAAUUUAGAUUACCAUCUAUUGAAUUUUUACUUAGUGUAAAAGAUCAAGUAAUUGAAUAUUGUGAUGAUACUUCAGUAUUUAAUUUAACAAUCAAUUGUGAUAGGCAAAUAAAACAAUUAUCUUGUGCUGUAAAAGAAUUAUGGAAUUAUGUAAGUAAAGAAUGUCCACAAAAUGAAAAUGAAUGUAAAAAAUGUCAAUUAGAGAAGGCAAAACAAUAUAUGAAAAAUAGUUGGUUUUUAGCAUGGUUUGAUUCAAUUGGCAAGAUGCCUUCUGGUAUCUCUGAUGGAAAUUAUCAUUGGUUAGGUGAUUAUGAACAAUGUGCUUUAUUAAGUGAAGGAAAUUAUUUUGAAUCAAGAUAUUGUAUGGUUAAAUUUGAAUUAAAAGGUGAUAUAAAACAAUUUGAUGAAGAAUGUCAUACUUCAACACAUUAUGAUGCACCAAAUAUAAAAUUAGGUAUAUGUACACCAGCAUAUUGUACAUCAGAAGAAUCUAAAACUAUUUUAAAAUCAUUAGCACCUAUGCCAAUAGAAAUUAAUUGUGAACCAUUACCACAAUUAUCAACAAAAUCAUUUAUUUUUAUAUUUAUAUUUUGUCUUUGGAUUUUAUUUGUCUUUACAAUGUCAAUUUUUGAACAAUCUGAAGUUGAUGAAAUAUUACAUCUUAAAUAUAUAACUAAUGCUGUAUCAAUAAAAAAAAAUUUUAGACAAUGUUUUUCAACAAAACGUCCAUAUGAUAAGAUGCAUAUAUUAGAUGGUAUUCAAUUUUUAUCAUCAUUAUUUCUUAUAAUUGGAAAUGUUUUUAAUAUUAUGGCACCAUACAUGGAAAAUGUUGGAUUUUUAUAUUCAUUUAAUAAAAUGUUAAUAGCACAACCAAUUAUUAAUUAUCUAUAUCAUGUUGAUGGUCUUCUAGUACUUUCAGCUCUUUCAACAACACUAAAACUUCAUGUUCAUGUUAAUUCAAUAAAAAAUACGAUACAAUUAAUUUUAGAUAGAGCUAUAAGAAUAUUUCCAAUUUAUGCAUUUAUUCUUUGUUUUACAACAUUUCUUUUUGCAAGACUUGGAAAUGGUCCAAUGUGGUCACAUAGUUUGAUGGCUGAUAGAUGUGAAAAAGAAUUUUGGAAAGAGUUAUUAUUUAUUAAUAACUUUUUUGGUUAUCAAGAAACUUGUUUAGAUGGAUCAUAUUUAAUUGCCAAUGCAGCUCAACUUUUUAUAAUUUUAAUGAUUUUAUUAUAUAUUAACAAAAAUUUUCCAAAAGCAACAAUAUAUACAUCUUUAUUUUUAAUUAUUUCAUCAAUUACAUAUACAUUUAUUAUAACAAUUAUAUAUAAAACACCUCCAGCAUUGAUACCAACACAUUUAUUUGUUGAAAAUAAUGGUACAGAAGAUUAUAUUAAUAAAAUUCUCGUUCAACCAUACUCACAUAUAGGACCAUAUUUUGUUGGAUUUUUAUUUGCUUUAUUUAUUAUCAAUGAAUCAUUCUCAAAAGUAGUUGAUAUUUUAUUAUAUAUUGGUGUUUUAAUAAUAGCAAUUUUGGUAAUUUAUACUCCAUAUUUAUUUAUUAUAUCUGGUAUUGAUAAAUCAUGGAAUAUUUUAUUUUCAGUAUACUCAACUUUUUCAAAUAUAUUAUGGUCAGUUGUAUUAUUAGUUUUAAUUUAUUUACUUGAUAAAAAAAGUAAUUUGAUUAGUGUAUUUUUAUCAUGGCGUAUCUUUUAUCCACUCUCAAAAUUAUCCUAUGUAAUUUUUAUGAUUUCUGAACCUGUUGCUUUAUACUACUUUAGUUCUCUUCAUAGACCAUUUCAUGCAACAACAAUGGCAUAUUUAUCUGUUACACUGGGAAUUGUUGUGGUAUCUAUAGUAGUCUCAGCAUUAGUUGAUGUUUUUGUUUCUCGACCAAUUAGAAAUAUUUUUAAAUUUUCUGAACGAAGAAGAUUUUUAACAAAAAGUAAUUCACUAGUAAGUCAGGAUGAAAAUUAUGAUUAUGGUGUUGAGAUGUCAAUAUAUAAAAAAAAUAGAAAACCAUUAGAUUUACAGAGAAAAGAAAUUAAAAAAGUUCAUGGAAAGGAGGGUGAUAAAUUGAAGCAUCAUAAAGGAUGCCCAGAUUAUGAGUCAGAUGUCGAUGAUAUAUCUAUUAUUGAACAUGAACAUUAA